CUUGACAGCUGUGGUGCCUUCUUCAUGCAAGCUGAGCUGCGAGACGUGGCACGAGAGAUCGGUAGCCAGGACGAUCGCGGAGCUUUCUUGGAUAUCUUGGAGGUGGAUCCGAAGAACGCCCAGGCAUUUGACAACCUGGGCUCUACCUUGCGACCAGGCGAAAGCUUACAGUUGCCCGAUGGGCUAUUGUUGCCGAAAAAGGCAUUGCAUUUGAAGGCCCUCGAACUGGAUGCCACUCACAGCCAUGCCCACAACAACUUGGCUGUUUCACUAGGCCCAGGGGAGGUGGUCACAUUGCAAGGCAACGGGGUCAAUCAACGAGCGCUCUUCCAGCGAGCCGUUGAGUUGGACCCCAAGAACGCGGUGGCGCACUGCAAUCUGGGCGUUGUCUUGGGGGAUCAUGAGGUUCUGCGGACGAAAGAUGGCCAACUUUGGGACAAGCGAAGCCUCUACGUGAAAGCCAUUGAGCUGGAUCCCAGCUAUGCCUUUGCCUAUAACAACUUGGCUGUUCUCAUGGCACCGCAGGAAUGGGUGCGCCUAGCGGAUGGCAGCUGCUGGGAUCGGCGCAGUUUGUACUUCGCCGCGCUGCAGUUGGAUCCUGGCUAUGCGGUGGCCUACAACAACCUAGCGCUCAGCCUGGGCUUCCAGGAGAGAGUGCAAUGCCUGGAUGCGUUCUGGGACCGGAGAGCAUUGCAUCAGAAAGCGCUGGAGUUGGAUCCCAGGCAUUGCUGUGCCUACCGCGAUCUCGCCUUAGCAUUGCGCCCCAAAGAGACUGUGCUGUUGCAGGGAGGCACUGCAGGGCAGUGUCAUGGCAAUGUUGGAAGACGGGAACUACUUUUGGAGGCCAUCAGGCUUGAGCCGAGCUCGGCUGAGAACUAUCGGCUCCUUGCAGAGACCCUACAAAAAGAUGAGGAGCUGAUGCUCAAUGGAUUUCAGAUGGGCAAGACUCAAGUCUUUGUUCGUUCUUUGGAGCUGGAUGUAGACCCGGUCACGUGUGCACAGCUUGGCGUUCACUUGGGUCCGGACUCUUGCCGCGUCAAAGGUUGGUCGAGCCCAGCCAGUUGGUUCAGCGGAGCCGCCGAGGAAGGUGACAACAGCUGGACUGGUACACAGCUCAUCGAGAGGGCCCUGCAGUUGGCGCCCACCCGUCCCGAUGUGUUAAUGGCUGCAGCAACUUUUGAGCUUGAGAGGCCCCGGGCUGACCGCACUAAAGCCCGUCAGUUGCUGCUGGUUGCUGUUGCACAGGGCGGCCGUCCCAAUGUCGCGGCUGCUGCUGGGCGGUUGGCGCUGUUGAUGGAGCCAGGGGAAGCAGUGCGGAUACCUUCCCAGGAGGGUGGGGCGACCGCUGUCCGUCGGCAGCUACUGCUCGCAGCUUGCGAAGAGGUAGACGAUGCCCAGCUGUUGACAGAGUUGGCCCUGGAGCUUUUGCGCUCAGCCCCGGAAGUCCAGCUUCGUGGAAGAACCUUUGAUGUGCGCGCCCUGUGCCGCGAGGCCCUAAUAUUGGAUCCACAUCACUCAAUGGCGCAGCAACUCCUUUCGCACGAGACCAAAAGAACAUCACCCAAGCCCCUGCUGCUGAGAUCUGCUGCACCCGAUUUGAUUCAAAGCUCCAAAGACUGGCAGGAGCCUGGCUUCGCACCAGCGGACGCACCCAAAGAGCUAGACCGUUUCGUCCUGGCGCUGGUGGCCCUGGAAGCGAAUAAACACGAGGGCGCUCUUGCUGAUGCGUUGGGAGAGCUCAUGGGCCCGGCAGACCGAGUGCGUUUGUCCGAAGGGCAGGACGGUACAGCGAGCAGAUAUUGGCAGUACCGCAGCAGGAGCCAGCUGCACCAAGCAGCCUUGGAAGCUGAUCCUUCUUCGUCUCGCACCUGGACAAACUUAGGACCACUGGAGACGAUGUUCCAAAUUUAA